UGGCUCACACCACAACUGGUCCGCUCCCUCCCCCAUAUUUCAACCAUUGCCAAGUCGCCUGUCCCUACGGAUGUCUUGGAAACUGACAAAGAAACUUAAGGAGGCGAGCUUCGUCUCGGCAAUGGGCUUCUCCAGCUCAAGCUCAUCCAAGCACAAGUCUGGAAGCCAUUCAACAGCGUCUUCUCGCAAGUCGAGUGAGGAGAAGUCAAAGUCAAGUUUUGAUUCCAGUCGGCGGUCCAUGUGUAGUGACGCGUACGGGAAUGUGAAUGUCCAACCUGGUUUGCUUCAGGUUCGCAUCACCGAGGCCCGUGGGUUGAAGCUGCCGCCCGCCUUUUUCUCCUCCAAAUCUGCUUCACGUGGAUUUGACUCUACCCAUGAUUCGGCUAAUGCAUGGAUGUUUCCAUACAUUGUGGUCGAGUUCGAUAAGAGUGAAGUCGUGGUGAAUGCAUUGCGUACGUCUUCUCCCGAGAAUCCGUGCUGGGACUACCAGGCUACCUUCGAUGUGUCGCGUUACUCACAGCUUUCUGUAAACAUUUAUCAACGUCCGCCUCCGCGUUCGCUUUCCAUCAUCAAAGGUGAUGCUUUCUUGGGCGGUGUAAAGUUGUCUCCCUCGUUCAUUACCAACAAGAUGACGGACGAGUGGGUCACUUUGCAGGGCGGUAAGGGCGAGCUACAUGUGCAGGUACUGUACAAACCCAACCAGAAGACCGAUCUCAGCAUCGAAUCGUUCGAGUUACUGAAGGUUAUUGGAAAGGGUUCGUUCGGAAAGGUUAUGCAAGUUCGGAAGCGCGAUUCCAACUUAAUUUACGCCUUGAAGACUAUCCGCAAAGACUUUAUUCUCAUCAACGGUGAGGUGAAACACACUCUCGCUGAGCGAACUGUUCUUGCUCAGGUGAACAAUCCCUUCAUCGUCCCAUUAAAGUUCUCCUUCCAAUCCACCUCCAAACUCUACUUAGUACUCGCUUUUAUCAAUGGCGGUGAGCUUUUCCAUCAUCUUCAACGUGAAAACACGUUUGACAUCUAUCGUGCAAAGUUCUACACUGCGGAGCUGUUGGUUGCUCUGGAAUGCUUGCAUGAGUUUAACAUUAUUUAUCGAGACUUGAAGCCGGAGAAUAUAUUGCUCGACUACACCGGACACAUUGCACUUUGCGAUUUUGGCCUCUGCAAAUUGAAUAUGACGAAGACGCAGCGGACGAACACUUUCUGUGGAACUCCCGAAUACUUGGCUCCUGAAUUGCUUGAGGGCGAUGGUUCGUACACCAAGGUUGUAGAUUGGUGGACUUUGGGUGUCCUGCUGUACGAAAUGAUCGUUGGACUGCCUCCCUUUUUUGAUGACAAUGUGAACCAGAUGUAUAAAAAUAUUCGUGAGGCUCCAUUGGUGUUUCCAGAUUUCCUGAAAGAUGAAAAGGCAAAGGAUUUAUUGAGAAGAUUGUUAGAGAGAUCGCCCGAGAAGCGUCUUGGCAGCGGUGGAGCUGCGGAAAUCAAGAAUCAUCCUUUCUUCGCUGAUAUCGACUGGAAAAAGCUCGUCGCCAAGAAGCUUCAACCUCCCUUCAAACCUCAUGUGGAAUCUGAAAGUGAUACGAGUAAUUUUGAUUCGCAAUUUACCUCGGAGCCAGCUCUCGAUAGUGUUGUUCCUGACUCACACUUAUCCGAGACUCUCCAGCAGAAAUUUGCCAAUUGGAGUUAUCAACGGCCGAGUACGAUUGAAUCAUCAGUUGAAUUCUCGGCUCCUAUCAAUUUAGACUCUGUGAACGGACGAGCUUCGCCUUAG